AUGGACUGCAAAUUAAAAUGGAUAAAUUCUAAAAGGUCAGUGGUGAUUACUCAGAUGGUGGUUAAAAGAUAGGUUUGCGGAAAGAUUUAUUUAAGAAUUAUUGAAGGUGAGUUUUUGCUGAUAAACAUCAUUAGCUAAGUCUUGGAAUUCGUAUAAGGUGAAUAUUAUGAUGAUAAAAAAUUAGGAAGUUGGAAAUAUAUGUCUAAAAAUAAAAUGAUGUAUAGUUUUAAUAUUAGAAUUAGUGGUGGUGGAUCAUAGAAUUAAAAAAAUGAGAAAAAAAUUGGAAAGUGGGUAGAGUUGGAUGAAGAGUUUUCUAAUAUUAAAUAAAUCAUUUAUAAUGGUGAAUAUGACAUGAAAAGCCCGAAGGUAGGUAGAUGCCCAGGCCACUAUAAUGGAGAAUAUAAUUUAAAAGGAAUAAAGCUAGAUACAGGGUAGAUUACUCAAUUUGAAAAUUAAAACAAAAGAUAUAAAUAUAUGUAAUUAUUUAAAAAAUAGAUUUGCUUAAUGACAUAUUAGUAGUGGUAGAACAUAUGA